AUGAAUUUAUCAGGAUUAGCUUACCAGUAUUUCAACCGGUACUGCUUCACAUCUCAGCUUUAUUCAAAAUUAGUGCCAUGUCAUCGUCACUACUCCUCUCCUGCGCUAAAGUCGGUAAAAACCAGAUCGUCUCGUCAGCUAGAAGUAUCUCGCAAACACAAGGAAUUUACAGGCACUAAGGGAAAUACGCGUAUGCGUAAUCAGCGUAGAUUUCGAAGACCACGACAAAAUAGGAUCCUUGAUAGGCCAAGUAAAACCACCAUUAAAAAGAAAAAGGAGGAACCUAGAGCUAUUACUGAUUCUGGUACAUCGUCUUUUUCGCGGUUAUUCCUGAGGGAUGACGUGAUUGAUUCUUUAGCGAACAUUAAUAUUACCACGCCAACUGCAAUACAGUCUCUAGCAAUUCCUAAAAUUGCUGCUGGAAAGAACGUACUAUGUGCAUCCGAAACAGGAUCUGGUAAAACAAUAGCUUAUUUGGCGCCUUUAAUUCAUAGAAUUAAAGAAGAAGAGGAAAAAUGCGGAUUAAUUACAAGAUUAAACAGACCUCGAGCUUGUAUUGUUGUUCCAUCCAGAGAAUUAGCUCAGCAGACUCUGAAAGUUGCUAAAUCGCUAUGCCACGUAUCAAAGUAUAGAGUCGUAGGUGUAAUAGGAGGCAAAAAACAAAAACUAUUGGAAAAAGCAUUGGAAACUCCAACAGACGUAGUUGUGGCGACCCCGGGAAUGCUCAUAAAGUAUCAUAGAUAUAAUCAAAUUUUUUUUAGCGAUUUAACUCAUUUGGUCCUAGAUGAAGCAGAUACUCUAUUUGAUGAAUCCUUCUACGAAAGGAGUUUGGAAAUACUAGAGAAAAUAAAGAUCCGUGGAGGUAAGCCAAUGUCUCUGGAUACUCUUCAAAAAGAUGCGCAGGUCACCGUUGUUGGGGCUACCUUACCUAAGAGAGUUGAAGCAAUUUUGAACCCAGUCAUUCCGAAUCUAAAGAAAGUAACUACUAAAGGUUUCCAUAAAUUAUUACCCCACAUACAGCAAGAUAUAUUAAAAUUAAAACAAACUAGUAAAGCAGGAACAUUACUAAAACUAUUGAAAGAACGGCGACAUGGUUCAACAAUCAUUUUUUGCAAUACAGUUGAUAGCUGCAAUUGGCUUGGGCAUUAUCUUGCAAAAGUAGAUUUACCGUUACUACGAUUGCACGGUGGUAUGCCACCAGAGGAGCGUCUAAUUCGAUAUGAUAAAUUUCAACGUGGUGAAUAUAACAUACUCAUUGCAACCGAUAUAGCCUCUAGAGGCUUAGAUACAAAGAAUGUUGAAUGUGUAAUUAAUUUCGAUUUUCCGAUCUCUGUUGCUGAUUACAUUCAUCGUGCUGGUAGAACUGGGCGUGUUGGCAGCAAAUGUACGGGUAGAGUAAUAAGCCUUGUUUCAAGUCGAAAAGAAUUAAGUCUUACAAAGCUAUUAGAGGAAGCAGCAGCUAGAAAUACAGUUAUAGAUGAACUAUCUAAAAAGCCCAAACGUUACUCAAAGAAAAAAUUAGCUGCCGUGUCUUCAUAA